AUGGCGCCCUCAGCUCUAGCAGAUAUCUGCCCAAUCCCAGCAAGGCACUACACAAAGUCCUCGACCGUCGUAGCGUCGGUCUUGCAUGGGCCAAGGGAUUUGCGGUUGGAAACUCGAACAAUCUCAGAUCCCGCCGCCAAUGAACUCCAGAUCGCUAUCAAAGCCACCGGGCUGUGCGGCAGUGAUUGCUCAUACUACAGCAAGUUCCGCAACGGCGAUCUGCAGGCUUGUGAGCCUUUAUCGCUAGGCCAUGAGUCUGCUGGGAUUGUUGUGGCCAUCGGCAAUAAUGUCACUGGCUACCAGAUUGGCGACCGCGUCGCACUCGAGGUUGGUGUGCCGUGUGAUAACUGCAGGUCAUGCCAGAGGGGCCGCUACAACCUAUGCCCUAAGAUGAGGUUCCGAAGUAGUGCCAAAUCUGUCCCACACUUUCAGGGGACCCUUCAGGAACGCAUCAACCAUCCUGCAAAAUGGUGCCACAAACUCCCUUCACACGUGUCCAUGGAGUCGGCUGCGCUAUUGGAGCCUCUUUCAGUUGCAAUCCAUGCAACUAGGAGAGCUCAGAUUGAGCAGGGUGACACUGCAAUCGUCUUCGGCGCAGGUACUGUUGGUCUUCUGACUGCUGCCAUGGCCAAGGUGUCUGGUGCCACAACGGUUGUUAUUGCCGAUAUCGAUUAUGGACGCAUAAAUUAUGCUCUAGCGAACGGCUUCGCGAAUAAGGGUUACAUUGUGACUGCACAGGCACAAUCGACCGAAGGAGCAGGACAGUUUGCUGCUGCAAAGGAGCUUGCUGCAGACAUUAUGCAGAUUGCGUCGCUGAACGAGAUUGACUUUGAAGGCGCCGAUGUGACUUUUGACUGCACCGGUAAGGAGGUGUGCAUGCAGGCCGGACUUUAUGCAACUAGACCCGGCGGCAAGCUGAUCAUGGUCGGCAUGGGAACACCGAUUCAAACUCUUCCCAUGUCAGCAUCACAUCUAAAAGAAGUCGACAUCAUCGGAAUUUUCCGAUAUGCAAACACCUACCCAACAGGUAUCAAGAUCCUGUCCGCAGGUGUCCUCCCGAGCCUCGACAACAUGAUUACGCACAGAUAUCACGGCCUCGCUUCAACCAAAGAAGCUUUCGAGCUCGCCGGAAAGACCAUGGAUAAGGACGGUAACUUGGUUGUCAAGGUCCUUGUUGAGAUGUAA